CCAGCUAGUUACCGUUGUCUUAGCUGUCCGCUCCCAGCUGACUGUUGUCGUUCUCUUCUUCCCACACAGAUAAAGCGAACUCACACACACACACACACAUCCACUGCACAAAAACACACACACUGAGCGUAUCAAAUACACACACAACACACAGCGAUGAGCAGCGGCGGCGGCGGUGGUGAUGAGGUCGUUCUUCCACUGUCAUCACCUGAUUCCUACUCCAUUACUAGAGCUCAUGUAUCUUACAGUUGUGGGUCGUGUGGGUACGAAUUGAACCUGAACUCUUGCAACCGCAACAUAUCAACGAUCGAUGCAGAAUACGGGAAGUCGAUGAAACGAGGGGUCAUAUCGUUUUUCUCGGUUGAUGAGAGUAGGUUUACGCAGAUAAACAAGCUCCGUUGGCUACCGUACUUGCCUUCGUGGAGGCUGUUUCGACGACGAACUAAGCUACUAUGUCGGAGUUGCGGGAGCUACAUCGGCACCGCGUCGAACGUGGAGGAUGGCAGCAUUUCUUCCUCUACAUUUCAAGUAGUCAAGAAAAACUCAACAGCCACUUGGGAUGGGAUUUCUGCUGCUAGAUUGUAUGAGAUCAAGAUACGUUCUUUGAGACCGAUGUAUUUUGAGUGAUGCUGCUGCAGAUUGACAAUAUUUGAUAUCAAAAUUUGAAGAAUUAAUCCAACAACAACAAGUAUAAGAUGAAUAAUUGGAAUAAUCGAUGUUUAAAUUAUUUUUAAGUUUUUCCUUCUAGAGUAAUGUUUCACUCAUCGACAUAUGUAUUUUUCAUUGAUUGUCUACGUUUAUAAACUUUUUUUCAUAUC